AUGCCUUCGCUCAUCCUCGCGGGCCUGAUGCCCAGAGGCAACUCCGGGGACUUGGUGGCUCGAUUGAACAACUCGGCGGAACUUGAUAUUGAUCCUCUCCCGUUAAUUCAGCGAGAAGGUCUAAUAGCAAUCUCGAUCAUGGCUUUCUUGUCGCUCAUUGCAACUGCCACUCUCCUCGCUUUCAUCACCUUUCGACUCAUUUUCUGGCGUUCAAGCUACCAACGAUACAUCGGUUACAACCAAUACGUCAUUCUCAUCUAUAACCUGAUCUUGGCCGAUUUCCAACAAGCACUCGCUUUCAUUAUCAAUCUACGAUGGAUCCUCACGGACAAAAUCGAGUCCGGUACGCCUGCUUGUUUCUUACAGGGAUUCUGGCUGCAGGUUGGAGACCCCGGCUCCGGUCUUUUCGUGCUCGCCAUUGCCUUCCACACUUUCCUUUUGGUCGUAUGGGGAAAGAAGAUGUCCCACAAAGCCUUUGUCUCAUUCGUUGUCGGUAUCUGGAUCUUCAUCGCCUUGAUUGUCAUCAUUCCACUGGGUAUGUAUGGCGCCGACGUGUUCGUGCCUUCGGGUGCGUGGUGCUGGAUUAACGAGGAGUAUGAGACGACCCGUCUGUGGACUCACUAUAUCUGGAUUUUCCUGGCUGAGUUCGGCUCCGUCGCCCUCUACGCCGUCAUGUUCUUCCAGCUGCGCCGACAGAUCAAGGCCUCCGCCAUUCUGGGUAACAGCCAGCUGGAGAGUUUCAAGCGUCUGCGUCGUGUGGUCGGAUACAUGACCAUCUACCCCAUCGUUUACAUCGUUUUGUCUCUUCCUCUCGCAGCUGGUCGUAUGGCCACUGCUAAUGGAAAUCCACCAAACGUCACCUUCUUCUGUUGUGCUGGUGCCAUCAUCACCAGCUCUGGUCUGGUCGAUGUGGUCCUGUACACUCUGACCCGUCGCAACCUGAUUAUCGACUCCGAGCCGAGUCACGACCGCUCCUACAACAAGUUUGCCAGCAGCAAGGGUCGCAAGGGUGACACCCACCUUACCACCAUCACUGCCGAGCCUUCCAAACGUAAGAUGGGCGGCACCAUCAACGACGACAUGGACCAACGUGACGGCUCAACAGACAACAUCGUUCAGCCCGGCAACCACGAAAUGGCUCCCAUCGGAAAGGUGUACCAAGAAACCACCAUCGAGAUCACCCACGAGCCAGCCUACCCCGACGAGGGCGAAAGCUCUCGCUCCAGCAAGGACGGCUUCGGUGAAGUGUCGGCUCACGGCUGGCGGCGAUGA